AUGGAAGAAAUUUCAGAGGAGCGCGGGAAAUCCAUGGCAGCUCCAGCGAUUUUCGUCCUCGUAUUCUUCAUUAAGCACUCUCGUAUUCGAUUGCUUGUUUCAGGCCAUCAACAUUUGCGCAAGCUGCAAAACUUAGAAGAAUGGCAGCUUCGAAGGAGAAGGAGCUUGCGGAAUAUCAAGAAAUGCGUGAAAAAGGAUAUGAAUAUGUCCUUUAGUACAUACGAAAAGCUCUUACUAAUAUCAAAGGUUGUUACGUAUGUUUUGCUUGUUUUAUGGUUCUGGAAGAUGCCUGUGACCACAAUAUCCGAUCAACUUGUGCAACCUUUUGGCAAGUUGAUAUCUUGGAGAGCAGGAAGAUCUUUGGAAGACGAUCUUGCGGUAAUGUAG